UCAAAAACACGAAAAGGAAAACACAGUGGGGGUUAUGUUUGUUUAAGACCCUCCGUCAUCCCGUGGUGCCGUAUUAUGGACGAGCUGAAGCUGAAAGCCGGAGAAAAGAUCGGAGCAUUACACGAGGCAGCAAAAUCAGCAGCGGGUAAUGGCCGGUCCCGGGUGGAGGAUGCUGUCAACCACACUGUUGAGGUCCUUAACAAGAUUCGCGAAGCAUUCAACGACAUCUGGCACCACGAGCUGAUAGCGGAGGGCCGGGACCGCAUCGCGGCCUGGACGAGGGACGCGGCCCAGCGGAUCAGAGACGGCACACCCCCUCUUUCCCCUGUUCUUCUGUAUGAGGAAUUGGUGGCGCUGUUUACAGAUCGAGUAUGGCGUCGCACUAUGGUGAUAUUCGCUUGCGGCCUAGCGCUUGGAGGGGGCUGCGGGCUGGCCGUAGGGCUCCGGUGCGCGACCCACGUGCCCAGCGGGCCGCAUGCGCGCGCAUUACACGCGCAGAACGACCAGAGCGUCAUACUCGUUGAAGAUGCUACAGCGCCGGCGGCGGGCGCGGGCGAAGUGCUGAUACGCGUGCAGGCAUUCAGCGUGUGUCCGUGUGACCGCGCCACGCUGCGAGGCCGCGGCGCAGUGCUGCGCGCGCUCUGCGGGCGGAGCCAGCCCGUCGUCGGCCGAGGGUUCGCAGGAGUGGUGCUCGAUGUUGGAUAUGGCGUGGGGCACUUAGAGCUAGGUGACGAAGUGUGGGGCUGCGUCAGCGAGUGGAGCGGCGGCGCGGCCACCGAACUACUUACGAUACGCAGUACUCGAGUCAGCAAGCGGCCUCACGGCCUCGCAGCAGACGCGGCGGCCUCGCUGCCCUGGGCCGGAGCCAUCGCACUGCGCGCCCUUGAGCGGCUGCGCUGUACAUCGGAAUGUAAGGGGAAACGCAUGGUGAUAUGCGGCGCGGCGAGCGGCGAGGGCUGCGCGCUAAUACAACUGCUGACUGCUCGCGGCGCGCACGUCUCUGUUCUAGCCCCAAGGAGAGCCAGGAACGCUUUACAGAAUCUGGGAGCGCACGAAUACGUGGAGCUGGACGCCAACAACCACAGCACGGCGUCCUGGGCGUCGCUGGCGCAGUACGGCGCGCGCGCCGGGCCGUGGGACGGCGUGCUGGCGUGCGCCGGCGCCGGCGUGCCCGCGCCCGACUGCUCGCCGGCGAAGGCUGCGCUCAAAGCUACAGCUGCGCGCGACGCAGUGGUGGAGCUCCGCCCCACCCCUCUGAUCACGGAUCGGCUGCCCACCCCCCUGUCGGUCAUGUUCGCUGCGACCUUCUAUACUUUCAGGGUUUUCAGGUGGGUGCUCGGCUGUGGGACGCACACGGACUGGCUGGAAGAGAAGCAGAGGCUAUCGGGCGGUCUGACAUCCCUGGCUACACUAGUGAAUGAGGGCACACUGCGCCCUGUACUGGAUAAGGUAUACUUGCCACAGGACUUCGAGACCGCCCUAGCACACGCGUGCAGCGACGAUGCCCUAGGCACAACAGUCAUCAGGUUCCCUUAGAACCGUAUCCUGAUACUUGAAGGGGCCCUAUCCAUUUCUCGAACGGUAUUAAACUAAUAAUAUUAAUCCACGAACUGUCAAGUCGUAUGGGUUACCAUGGCAACACACUAAUAAUAUUAGACUAAUACCGUUCGAGAAAUGGGGCUCAGCUGAUACUUGAAUACCACGGAACGCACACAUACAUAGGUUAAAACAAAUGUAUCCGUGGCCAUCGGAUUAGUGUGCGAAUGACCGCUCAUGCGGCGUGAUGCGGCAUCUAUGCGUUCGAUGAAUUGAUCCUGUAUUUUUGCCUUUUUCAGGGUUCCGUACCCAAAGGGUAAAAACGGCACGUAACGUAAAUAGUACGGAACCCUCGAUGGGCGACUCCGACUCGCACUUGUCAGGUUUUUAUAAUAAAACUAUGACAGUUUUAAUUUUCUAACUUAACAUUUUAAGAUUUGAUAACUUUUGUCAGUUUUUCAAAGGAUAUUUUGUAUGUACGAACAAACUUCAUAUGAAAAGGUGAGAUGUAUUCUUCUGCCAUAUUGUAUGUAAAAUAAUCCUAUUAUAGGGAUUAAAGUUUUUGAUGUAUAUUUGAAACUUACCAAAGCUGAUGUUUUAUCAAAAUUGGGAUUUAGAAAAAAUGUAGAUACUAAUAUAUGUAAUUUGUAAGUAAUUAAAGAAAUUUUCCACACAAACUUUGUAAAAAAAAUCGGAAAACUAAUAAAAUAGUUUAUUUUAGAGAACACAAUAUAUUUUGUUAUUUGAUAUAACAAGCAAUAGUAAACCUUAAUGCAAUGCAUGAAGGUUUCUUUUUAAUGUACUUACGUAUUGUCGGCUAUUGCCGACACUGGCGUUCUUAUGGUUAAGUAAAAACAUUGAUACAUUUUAAAUCAGAUUAUACAGUUUUAAAAAACGCGAUCUAUCAAUAAAACGCCUCUUUCCUUAAUCUGUUAAUUAAGUUCCUAUUAAAUUAAUCAGCGAAUGUAAGAUUCUAAAACUUAUUAGUAUCGGAUCAAAUGAUCUUCAUGAAAGUGAUUUUUUAUCAUUUUAACUUGUUAUGGAGAAAGUUCGCGAAGCUUUAUAUUUUUCAUACGGCUUUAGCCGCCAAAAAGUGCCAUAAACCGUUACGUACUGGAAAAAGCAUAGAAUGGCCGUUUUAUAUUAUUAUGUCGACUUUUUUCGUCAGAUUUCAAUUAAAUUUGAUAAAUCGAGUUCCCUCUGUUGUACCAAUUAAGCGUAAUUUUAUCGAAUUUCCUAAAAAAAUCUGCCUCUGAUUAUGAAAAAGUAUGGUAUUGUCAUGACUUAAAGAAAUAGUACAUUUCGAUGCUAGUGCGGAAGGUAUGUCAUUACUUCACGAGUACCGAGAUAGAUAUCUUGCCACGAGCCGCAGGCGAGUGGCAAGACUCGGGACGAGUGAAGAAUGACAUUUCCGCACGUGUAUCGAACGACGUUUUUUAAUACAGUUGCGAAAAAAUAAGAAAAACAUUGUUAAUCGUACACUAAACAAAAGUGGUAACAGUGACAGCUCGGUUAGACGUCGUCUUUAAGUAUAUUAUAUCUAUGGGCGUUUGGCAGCUAUUCCGUUCCAUUCAGUCAACUUAUUAAGAACGGAAUUUUCAAUAUUGAAUAUUAUAAAAUGAACGUGUUAUAAUGAUGAAGAGGUAAGUAAUUAAAUAUGAAAUAUGUAAUAUUUUUCGUAUUCUUACAUUAACGGUAGGUUUUUAUGCUGAUUACGACGUUUAAAGGAAACUAAUAUUAACACUCAUCAAUAAGUAGUCGUGAAUUGGAACAAGUAUAAAUUUAAAAAAAUUGGAAAAGUAAAAAGCACUAGUUCGAGAUAACCAACUUUCCGCACGCUAAACAGCUACGUAAAGUAGCACUUUUUGAGCAACUGUAUAAAAAAAUUUUUUUCGGUUCAAUUUGAGAUUUCAUAUUUAUUUAUUCCGCCCACAAUGAGAAACUAUUUAAACCAGACAAAUUGUAUUCAAACCUGACAAAAAAAAUGCAUCAAAAUAAAAAUAGGCCCUAAAAAUAUACGUACAAUUUCCUUUUUGUUGCGGUAAAAUUCAAUCUCCAGAGAUAAGAAAUGUUUUUGAUUGAUAUUUGUUAUUUAUUGCUAUCAAAUUUUAUAGCAUUACAUUGAUGGAUAUAGGAACCCCAAUCCGCAUUGGGGGCAUUCCACGAGACUGUCGCUUACAUAACGCAAUUCUUCUAAAUACUUCCGGAAAUGCUGAGUAAGCGAUAUUGGGUCAGGUAAUAUUUCAUGACUUGGCUAACAAAUUGGCAGUAUAUUCUCGAGAUUCACGUAUUUUAUUGAGGUAGCUGCCAUACAAGGCAAAAGCGUUAUGUAAGCGACAGUCUCGUGGAAUGCCCCAUUGGGCUAGCGUGGGGACUAUUGCCCAAGCCCUCUGAGAGGAGGCCUGUGCCCAGCAGUGGAACGUAAAUAGGCUAAAAUUAUUAUUAUUUAUAUUCUAGAAAAAAAAAUAUCCGUAGGCCAUAGACUAGGAAUCCUCUAGACCGAGUUUAGAGCAAUUAUUUCAUGCAACCGAUGAUGCCAAAAAUGCGGGGGUGCGCGGGACGAGGUGAGCGAAAUCCCGUGCCGUGAUAGAUCCGUUCAAAGACACGGACGUCACACAAAGACACUUUCUACUCGAACAUGGAGUAAAAUAAGUAAUUUUAUAUUAUAAAUUACCGUAUGCGUGGCAGAGGGGGUAACGCGACUAUGCUCAGUCUGGAGGAUGUUUUGUCUGUGCCGUGGGGGCUAAGAUGAGUUGCUCAAGGCUCGACUCCUGCCGGCCUAGCCAAGGUUACAAUCGCUAUCGCUUCGACAACGAAAAGCAUUAUGUCUCUCUAUCACACUUCCAUAUUAGUGUGACAGUGACCGUUGCGUUUCGAUCGCUACGGAGCGUAAGCGAUUGGCAUCUUGGCUACACGGCCUGUUCCGACCCUAUUGUACCUAACACUAACAUUAAGUAGAUAAAUUGUAAAGUAGAUAGAUUUAUUGUAUAGCCUAUUUUGAAUAUUAAAAUUGUUGUUUUUUA